AUGGGAUUCAAAGUCGUUAUCGUGGGCGGCAGGGUUUCCGGCUUGUCGGUGGCUAAUAUGCUUGAGCGUUUUGACAUCGAUUAUGUCCUCCUCGAAGCUUACCCACACAUCGCGCCUCAAGUCGGUGCAAGUAUUGGCAUUCUACCCAACGGUUUUCGUAUCCUAGACCAACUUGGAUGCUACGAGCCUAUCCUUGACAUUGCAGGGGAAUGUCGCUAUACCCUUGGCUCCGUGCGGGGGCCAGAUGGUCUUCCACUGACUGCUUCCUCAGAAACAAGCCUUUCCGUUCACUUUGAGAAAAGAACGGGCUAUCCAUCGAUUUUCAUUGAUCGACAAAUGCUACUGCAGGUUCUUCACAGCAACAUCAAACACAAAGAUCGGAUUUUGCCCAAUAAAAGAGUCACUUGUGUCGAAUUUACCGCUAACGGAGCUCGAGUCCACACCAAAGAUGGUUCCACGUUUGAUGGAGACAUUGUUGUCGGGGCCGAUGGCAUUCACAGUAAAGUCAGAGACGAAAUGUGGCGUCUCGGCAAAGAACAAAGUCCUGGAUACUUUCCAGUCGAUGAAACCUCACGUGUUCCAGUUUCAACGCGAUGCAUAUUUGGAAUCUCUAACCGGCCCCCAAAUUAUGGCAGUCGAAGUCAGCAGGGUGUUAGAGGACGAGGCCACUCCUAUCUUGUGAUUGCAGCACCGAUGGACCGAACCUAUUGGUUCCUCUUCGACGGACUCCCGGACACCGAAUAUGGCAAAGGUAUUUCGAAAUACUCCAAGGUCGAUGAAGAAACUCUCGUGAAAGCUCAUCGUGAUGAUCCUAUCACUGAGGAUAUGACCUUUGGCGAGUUGUACGACAGGAAAAUCAUGUCAACUUUGGUACCACUUGAAGAAUACGUCUUUGAGAAAUGGCACUAUAAGCGGAUUAUCACGAUUGGUGACUCAGCUCACAAGAUUGAUCCAGCAUCAGGCCAAGGAGGCAAUGGUGCUAUUGAGGCUGCAGCACUAUUAGUCAAUUCUCUUGUACAGCAUCUCAAGACUUCUCCUCAAGGCCUCUCGGAAACUCAAAUUGAGACUGCGCUUGCAAACGUUCACACCCGACGAUACGAGAGAUCGCGUAACCUGGUAGCACAAGCGCACUUGCUACAGAAGAUAUCAAGCCAGAGGAUGCCAUUUGCUAGCAUUUUCGCAUACCUCCUCCCAUUGUUCGGCCCAACUGCCUUUGCCGACGUUGUUGUGCCAGUCUGCUCCGCUGCUCCCAGGAUCGAGGGUAUUCCUCUACGAAACCGACCACACUGUGUUCCAUAUGAGGACGAAUUGCCUGCCAAGCCCUUCAAAAGCAACCUUGCUAAGCAGGUUCCAUGGACUCUUGCGUGCGGCCUUGGCAUACUCGGAUAUUUUGCACUUGGAAAGAAUGCCAUACCGGGAGGAACAGGUAUCGCGGAGACAUUCCAGCAAUUUGGCACUGGAGGUGCUUUGGCUAAAUUGACUAGCUUUCAAUCUUCUACCGGUCUUGCCAUCAGUUUGAUUCCAACUAUUUCCACAUGGAUGGUCGAGGGCUCUCGAAACAGAAGUGUCCUUGACCCUCUGUCCUGGACAUCAUUGCAGGCCGUCGUCUACGCUCUGGCUGGGCCAACAUCAAUUCCCACUCUCUUCAGUCUAUCUUCUAUUCUCUUCUCCAGCCCAUCCAUCACACAGAGACCAGUUAGCACAAAGGUUGCUAAAUCAAUUGUACCAGGUAUGGUUUUGGGCUACGUAGCACCUACCGUGGGAGCUUUACUUGUCCAAGGCACCAAUUAUGUUCAUCAGGUUGGCCUCAUAUGGCGAGCACACCCACUGCUCUGCGUCGCUUUCACUAGAGGGAUCGCAGCACUCCGUUCUGGGCGUGACGAGAAGAUGAGAUGCAACGAACCUGAAAAGAACAACGACAAGAAGCCACUUGACUUCAUUUCCGACCAGGAGCUUGAGAUGUACAACGGGGCGGAUGUUCCACUCCUCAAAUCCGUACAUGGAUUUGCUUUUGCUACCUCCAUCGUUUUACCCCUUGCUUUGAAGCUUACAUCAAACGUUGGCGCACAUUUCCUCGAAAGCCGGGUCGACGCGGUCUUACCCAUGAUGGGUUCCGUCCCCACGAUUAGUGCUAUCAACGCAGCAUCAAGUUUUGUCUACUGUCUUUACUCGGCUUGGCAGUUGCGAUCGCUUGGGUUCGUAAAGACACAACAGGCUCUCAUUGGGGGUUUUGCUUCGCUCGCUGUUUUAGGUCUUUCAGGACCUGGUGCUGCUAUAGCAGGAGUUUCUUAUUGGCGCGAGUCUGUUAUCUCAGGUUUGGCCAAGAUGUAUACCUAG